UUGACAUUCAAAAUGCAGUGAAAACAUGGCGGCGCCCAUGACAUGGAAAAGACUUGUGUUCUCUGGGUAUACUCCUGCUUUCUCCUGGGUUUUUACGAGGAUAACAGAUCGCUUUUUCAGGACACAUGAGCGGAGGAGAGGGUCCGCUGUGCUGCUCUUGGCCCCUCUCCUGGCAGAGGCAGACUCAGCCCCCCUGGCCUCCUCCAGACCUCCAGGCUUCACUGGUGUUGAGGACUUCCACUCUCGGUUCCACUGGAUGGCUGAUCAUGUACCUGCUUUCAGGGUCCCUGGGGGCCGCGUACGCAUCCUUCACUCACCUGAUGAGUUUUAUCAGGCUAUGAAGGCUCGUAUCAAGACAGCCAAGAGUCGUGUGGUGAUGGCAUCACUGUAUCUGGGCACAGGACCACUAGAGCAAGACCUCGUGGAUUGCAUGGAAGAGGCAUUAGAGCGCUCACAGGAAGAUCAUGCACCUGAUCUCAAAGUGUCUUUUCUGCUGGAUUAUACCAGAGGCUCAAGAGGCAAGCACAAUUCCCGCACAAUGUUACUGCCACUGCUCCAGCGUUUUCCUGAGCAGAUGAGAGUGUCCCUGUACCACACACCUGACCUGCGUGGGCUGCUGCGUCUUCUGGUUCCCGAACGCUUCAAUGAAACCAUCGGGGUGCAGCACAUCAAGGCAUACCUUUUUGACAACAGUCUCAUCAUUAGUGGGGCCAAUCUGAGCGACUCCUACUUCACCAAUCGUCAGGAUCGCUAUGUACUUCUGGAAGACUGCGGGGAGGUGGCUGAUUUCUUUGCUGAACUCGUGGGAGCCGUGGGCGACGUGUCACUGCAGCUGCAGCCUGACAACAGUGUGCACAUGAUGGAGGGAAUGGUGCAUCCCUACAAAGGUAACAGAGCAGACUUUACUGCAUUGGCACAGAGACGGAUCAUGGAGGUGGUGAACACGGCCCGUGUCCGGCAGAGCAUGCUGGAAGCAGAAUGCUUGGAGGUCCCAGACUCGGACGGAACGGUGCCAAAUGACACCUGGAUCUUUCCACUUGUGCAAAUGAAGCCUCUUGGCAUUCAUCUGGAUGAACAAGUAACCAAACGACUGCUCACAGAGGCAGGUGGAGACUCAGUCGUCUAUCUGACAUCGGGUUACUUCAACCUGACGCGCACCUACAUGCAGCUGGUGCUGGGUGCAGCAGCAGACUACCGUAUCCUCAUGGCCUCCCCAGCGGUUAAUGGUUUUUUUGGAGCCAAAGGAGUAGCAGGAGCAAUUCCUGAGGCCUACGUUCACCUCGCCCGACAGUUCUACAAUAAGGUGUGUCAGCUGGGUCAGCAGAGUCGUGUCCUCUUGCAUGAAUACCAUCGCCCAGAUUGGACAUUUCAUGCUAAAGGUCUGUGGUACUAUGUGGGAGGAAGAGAGCGCCCCUGCCUCACUCUCAUUGGCUCCCCAAAUUUCGGCUAUCGCUCUGUGCACAGGGAUCUGGAGGCUCAGAUUGCCAUAGUAACAGAGAAUGAGGAACUCCAGAUGCAACUGCAACAGGAGCAGGAGGUGUUGUACCAGAGUUCAACGCAAGUGUCAAACUCCACGUUUAAUCAGCCAGACCGCCAUGUAAAGCUGUGGGUGAAACUGGUUACUCCACUCAUCAAGAACUUCUUCUAAAGUUCAACAGGCCUGAGGUGAUGGAUAUCUCACUGUCUGUGACAGAUGAAAAGUGGGACUUCACGUGUGUGAUUUGUAAAAGAGGCAUUUGCAAAUAUCGAUGGUUUGCUGGAUGCAGAUGGCUACGAUAAAGAUGAGUGAGCUCCAGUGCUGUUAGAUUCAGUAACAUUCAUUCUGCUUCACACAAGCUCAUUGUUAGGAGAGAAUGCAUGUAAAUCCAGUAUACAGUAUUUACUGCCAGUGUGAUAAGACAUAUAUUUGUAAGCAGUAUGGCAGAUCUGAACAUUUGGCCAUCAGUUUGAUGUGCAGUGCAUCUAACGUGUACAUAUUUUAAUUUAAGUUUUUCCGUAAACAUUUCUGUUGUUUUGUCACUUUAAUAAGAUGCUGUUCAAAAAUGACCCUUACCAUUUCUACUUUAUUUCCAUUGUACUUUUUUACUGCAUUAUUUUUGGUUGAAAAUGUCAGCAGCAGUUAUAAGUCAGUAUUAAUGUUCACUUCAUCAACAAAGUCAAUGACAUUACGCAUUAUGUGAGAUUUCACAUCCACUGCCUGAAACCUAUGGAAGCUUGUUUCUGCCACAAGCUUGUUUUUUUUGUUUUUUUUAAAGGUAAUUGCAACAUCUCACAAUUCAGACUUUUUUCUCACAAUUUAUCUCUCACAAUUCAUACAACUCACAACUUGAAUUUCCUGAAACGUCUGCAUUGUAAGAAAUAAAUGUAAGAACUAAAGUCAAAAUUUUUACGCAACCUUUUUAUUCCAUGGCAGAAACAAAAUGAGUACUGAAAAUGAGCAUAUGACUUUCAUCAGCGAUUACAGAAGAGCUUUAAAUCCUGACUCAAACCUUUACACAGUACGCCUGCGAUGGAUUUGUGCUUCAUUGUGUUUGAGGGAGUUAUCACUUCUUUAUAGAGACUUCUGUAGUAUUAGUUCAACAUCAAUUUAAGCGCUGCUUUGCAGAAGUUCAAAACGAUGUUGGUUUUGUAAUAAAAACUGCAGUACUACCCUUUUCCGCAGAAUGUUUUAAUUUUGGUGCCAAUGUGCAUGGAGCAAGAGCGUUUGCAUAUUUAUAAGGUUUAUUAACAUAUUGAGACCAGAUUACUUUUUGUUGUUUUUCUUUUGUGACUUACAUUUAAUUGGAUUUAAAUGUCACGAAUGACAGCGUUUGGAAGAGAAGAGACUUUUGAAUGAAACUUAAAGCCACAUCGUCUAACACACAAGAACUAA